AUGUCAAUAAAUGAUAAGACAGAUGUUGGACCAACUAUAGCAAAUUCAAGUGAUAAUGAACAAAAGGAUGGUGUACCUCGGAAUGUAUCAGUGAAUCGCUUUCAGGUAUCAAAGCUUAAUUUAAAUUCAAAUGAUUCGACAUCAGUAGCGGUGGAAACAGGAAGCGCCCAAUCUAAUAAGGUAAAAAUACAAAAAGCAGCCAGUGAACCACCAUUUUCACUUCCAACACUGAUUGUUACAGAAAGAAAAAUUAGCGGAACGGGUCGAUUUGAGAUAUCAUCGAAUACAGAUUGUGCUACUAAAAUGUUAUCUGAAAUGAUAGAAAAAGAUUCUCAACCGGUAAAGAGUACAGGUAGAAAUGCAAAUAAGCAUAGUGGUGCUGUUGCUGAAAUAUCACCAUCAAGCACCAAUGGAACCGAACGAACUGUACGAUUUUCGGUGGAAAAUGAAGCAGAAGAACGGCAACAUUCUACUGAAGCAGAUGAGCAGCAUAAUGUAACGUUUAAUUUGAAAAGUUGGCGGAAUAUGCAAACAAUUGAUCAUCCACCGAUUAUUGAUUUCUACCGUAAUUCUGUCGAUGAGGGUAGCGGUGUAACAUCACGACCAUCGAUGAAACAAUUGAUACAUGGAGAGAAUGCUCAGGAUACUGUAAUUGGAAUUGAUGAAUUUAAGAAAGAUACGGAUGAUAUAAUAAAUGGAGAAAGAGAGACAACAGCAAAACUUAGUAAAUUUGAGCCUCCGGCACCUGUUGCACGAACUAAAUUCGGUUGGAUUCAAGGUGUUUUUGUACGUUGCAUAUUGAAUAUUUUCGGUGUGAUGCUCUAUUUACGUAUCAGUUGGGUUGCCGGACAAGCCGGAAUCGCAUUGGGAUGCGCAGUUGUACUGCUUGCUUCUUUGGUAACAUUUAUCACCGCACUAUCAACAUGUGCUAUUUGUACAAACGGUGAUGUAAAAGGUGGUGGUGCUUAUUUUUUGAUCAGUCGUUCAUUGGGUCCAGAAUUUGGUGGUUCGAUUGGUUUGAUAUUUUCGGUAGCAAAUGCGGUUGGUGCAGCAAUGUACGUUGUUGGAUUUGCUGAAACGGUACGAGAUUUGCUGAAAGAAAAUAAUUAUACAUUUAUCGAUGGUGAAAUGAACGAUGUACGAGUAAUUGGUAUUGGUAUGUAUAUAGAAAAUUUCAAUUAA